AUGGAGGACUACGAUGACAUUGAGUUGGAGGAGACAGAAAAAAGUUAUCCUCAAUAUGACGACCUCAAUUAUGAUGACCUAACGACAGCUUUUAGUAGGUUAGAUACAAAGGUGAAGGGAGAGGCUAUGUAUGGUGAUGACCCUAUAGUAUUAACUGAUCUUAAAAGUGAACUAGACUAUGUGAAGAAUCUAAUGGAGAGACGUGAAAUAGAAGAAACAACUUUCACCGAGGGAAGUGAUGGAACUGUGAACAUUUCAGGUCCAUCAGGAAGCACAACCACCCCGGGAGUAGAUUUCGUAGAAGAUCCAAACAAUGUACUUCCAGACGUACUAGAUGCAUUCAACGAAUCAUUUGACGCUGACUGGGAUGAAAUAGAAGCCCGCCUAGAGAAACUAAAUAAGAUUUCAACAGAAAAUAAAAAGAGAGAUUUCGAAAACCAAGUGGAGCGUGUUCAAGCUGUCGCGAGAGUUAUUAAAGGUAAGGAGGGACUAAUAUUAGACCCUAAGAAUAAAUAUGUUAGGGAACUCAUCAAGAGAUCAUCUGUAAGAACACUCAAGGAUGGCACAGAGGUGUUGGUAUUUAGAAGUGAACAAGGUAUUGACAAAAGUGGCACACAAAUAAUGAAACGUGGUAAGACCAGUAAACCUGUGUACUCCAAGAACUCCACUGCAUUAAGAGAAUACAAGGACCUUAUAAAGAAAAUAAAAGAGGUACCUACGAAUCCUGACAAUAUAAUUGGAAGUGAUGAGGACACUAGAGAAGAGCCGCAAUUUGAUGACAGUGAUGAGGAAUACGCUGACC